UAAGUUUUUUUCGUUUGCAUUCAUAAAAAUGAAUUUGUUAAUUGGAAUUUUUUAUUGUACAUUUUGGUAUUCUAGUAUUCUUGCUGGUUAUGCUUUGCUUUAUUGCCCAAUUUGGCCUGUUUUAUUUAUAAGUAAUAAAUAUUAUCGAAAAUUGACUGAUUUAAUAUUUCGAUUUUGGGAAUUGUAUCCAACGGCGAUGCUGCAUUAUUUUGGAACAAAAUUUAUUAUAACCGGUGAUCAUAUUUUACAUGAUGAUCGUGCUAUAAUAAUCAUGAAUCAUCGUACUAGGACCGAUUGGAAUUUUUUAUGGCCAAUUGUACACUAUGCAAGUGAUCAAUUGAAUCAUAAUUUAAAAUUUAUUUUGAAAGAUCCAAUUAAAUUUUUUCCUGGUCCAGGUUGGGUUAUGCAAUUAUCAUGUUUUCUAUAUAUCAAACGUCGCUGGGAUGAAGAUCGAUGCAAAAUUAAAAAUCUAGUUGAAUAUAUCUCAUCACUGAAGCGUAAUUAUCAAAUUUUGAUCUUUCCAGAGGGUACAGAUUUAACACCAAAAACAUUGGAAAAGAGUCAUCAAUAUGCUAAUAAAUAUAAUUUGAAGAAAUAUUAUCAGGUAUUACAUCCCCGUACAGCAGGCUUUUGUUUUUUGGUUAACCAAUUACAAAAACGGAAACAUUUUGACGCUAUUUACGAUUUAACAAUCGUUUAUGCCGAUCAUAUACCACAAACCGAGCAUGAUAUAUUAAAAGGCUCACUGCCAAAUCAAAUUUAUUGUCAUAUAAAACGUUAUGGAUCCACCGAAGUACCAUCAACCGAAGAGGAGUUAAAAACAUUUUUAACUCAAAAGUGGAUGGAUAAAGAGUAUGAACUAGCUAAUUUUGAAAAAACAAAUCAAUUUUUUAUUAAAAAUAGUCAAUUAAUUCCAUUAAGGACUAUGCUUUUAGGAUUACAUAUUUUGGGAUUGUUUAUUAGAAAUUUAAGAUACCAAGCUCUUAAAAAGCAAAAUAAUCAAUAA